GUUCAUACUAUCAUCAUCAUCAUCAUCAUCAUCAUCAUCAUCAUGGCUACUAAACACUUCCUUUGUAUUGUGGUUCUUGUCUUAGCACUACUUCACGGUAACGUCGAGGGGCAGCUUACGACAAAUUUCUACGCGAGUUCAUGUCCGAAACUCAUCCCUACCGUCCGAUCCGUCAUGCAAUCCGCCGUCAAACGCGAGGCAAGGAUCGGUGCCUCCAUCCUCCGCCUCUUUUUCCAUGAUUGCUUUGUUAACGGAUGUGACGGCUCGAUUCUACUAGACGACACGUCGAGCUUCACGGGAGAGAAAAACGCCGGCCCGAACCGGAACUCAGUUCGAGGUUUCGAUGUCAUCGACAACAUCAAGACCGCAGCGGAGAAAGCCUGUCCCGGUAUCGUCUCUUGCGCCGACAUCCUCGCCAUCGCCGCUCGAGACGGAGUUGUCCUGCUAGGGGGACCGAGUUGGGAAGUGAAACUCGGGAGGAGAGACUCGAGAACAGCGAGUCAAUCCGCAGCUAACAGAGACAUUCCAGCACCAACUUUCAAUCUGAGUCGACUCGUAAGCAGUUUCAGUAAUGUCGGACUGUCCGCCAGAGACAUGGUUGCUCUCUCCGGUGGGCACACGAUCGGGCAAGCUCGUUGCACGACAUUCAGAGCAAGAAUCUACAACGAGAAGAACAUAAACAGUGCCUUCGCCGCAACACGUCAACGGAACUGUCCGAGAACUAAUGGAUCCGGCGACGGAAACCUAGCGCCGUUAGACAUUCAGACGCCGACGAAAUUCGACAACAACUACUUCAAGAAUCUCAUGGUUCAAAAGGGUCUCCUUCACUCCGACCAAGAGCUCUUCAAUGGCGGCUCGACGGAUUCGAUCGUCCGUACGUACGGAACCAAACCGGCGACGUUUAGCUCCGAUUUCACGGCGGCGAUGAUCAGGAUGGGCGAUAUCAGCCCGUUGACCGGUAAGAAGGGUGAGAUCAGGAGGAAUUGCAGGAGGGUCAACUAAAGUGAAUCCCAACCCCCACGUGUCGGUUUCCUAUUGGGUGUUUCAGUGUAUUAGAAUAAGUUUGGUGUUCUCCGAAGAUCUUGGAACAUGCAUGAUCUAAGCGGUUGUUGUUGUCGGAAUCCGGGUACUUGAAGUGUGUAUUUCAUUUCCUCUUUUGAAUUAAAAUGAAAUCUAAAGGAUUUAUCUUAUUUUGUUAGGU